AUCACAAACAUUAUCCAUCAACUUUUUUCUCAUCCUUCAAAACAAAAUCAAUUAUCUCACACACACAUUACAAUUCACAACCAAAAGAAAAAUAGCAAAAAAAAAAAAAAUAGUUUCAUAAAAAAAAUAAAACAAUAUUUCAAAUUAAGAGCAAUAGCAAAAUUAGCAAAGUUUCGGUUAGGGAGGUGAUGGUGAUGGUCGUGGCUACCAUGUCACGGCGUCCCAAGUCGAUGCCGGAGGCAGAAACCCUCGGCAUCCUUGCUUUCGACGCCGCGAAAACCAUGUGUCGUCUCGUCUCUCUCUUCAACUCCCUUUCCGAUGAAGAAAUCACCAGGCUUCAUACCGAUGUGAUCACAUCUAAAGGUGUAACAUAUUUGAAUUCUAGCCAGGAGAAUUUCCUCCUCAACCUUGCCGCUGCGGAGCGUCUCGAGGAGCUCGAUAACACUGCCGCGACCGUCUCACGGCUAGGCCAGAAGUGCUCGGACCUCGGCCUAGCACGGUUUGAUCUUGUGUAUGCUGAUCUCAAACACGGUGUGAUUGAUCUCCGGAAGCUGCAAUACAACUCCCGGAACACGGGUAAGAUAAUUGAGAAAACGGAGAAAUUAAUCUCCGCUUCUGCGAGUCUCCACUCUGCCAUGGAAUACAUGGCAGAGUUAGAGACAGCGGAGAAGAAAAGACAUCGGAAUGGAAUAAGACCAUCUCAAAAGCCGAAUAUGGAAUAUUUCAAUGAGAAAUUAGUGUUUCAAAGAAAGCAAGUGCAGAGUUUCAAGGAAACAUCAUUAUGGAAACAAACAUUUGAUAAAACGGUUGGGAUCAUGGCGAGGCUUGUGUGCAUUGUGUAUGCGAGAAUAUGCUCCGUUUUCGGAGCAUAUAUUUAUAAAGAUCACCAUGACAACAAAAACUUUGGUUUUGGAUUCGACGAUUGUUGCCUUCUGGAACACCGCAAAAUUCGCGGUGUUUCAGAAUGGUACGAGGAAUCCCUCCAGAGGCGCGGGCCUAUUUCUAAAGAAGCAACAUCGCUUAAAAUCCUCGGCGUGAUAAAGUUUCUUAACAACCCUAUGCCAAUGGAUUUUGCUCCUAGUGGUGGCAAAGGAAUUGAAAAAAUUAAGAAAGGUAGUAAAACUGACAAGGUUUUGAAGCUUGCAUCGCCGUCGACGGUUGGUGGAGUAGGCCUUUCUUUGAGGUAUGCUAACGUGAUCCUACUGGCCGAGCGCUGUCUCCACGCGCCAGCGACAGUUGGAGACGACGCGCGCGAGGCCUUAUACGAUAUGUUACCAGGGAGACUGAGGGUGAAGGUGAGAGCGAAGCUGAAGGGACGAUGGGCGAAAGAGGAAGGAAAUGGAAAUCACGGAUACUCUUUAGCCGAAGGGUGGCGCGAAGCGCUAGAAGAGAUGAUGGAAUGGCUGUCACCGAUCGCGCACGACACGCUUCGGUGGCGGGCGGAGAGGUACUUGGAGAAAACGAAAUUCGAGACGAAGCCGACUGCGAUGCUUCUGCAGACAUUGCAUUACUCUGACUUGGAGAAGGCAGAGGCUGCCAUAGUGGAAGUGUUGGUUGGUUUGAGUUGUAUAUGUUGGUGUGAGAGAAGAAUGCAGUGAGAUUAUUAUAUAUUAUUUGCAUAAUUUGCAUGAUAAUAUAUAAUUAGGAGUAAUUGCAAGAUUUCGAAAUCUAAUUAUAUUGUGUUAUUGUUAAGAUUAAGAUGAUGAUUAUGCUGUGGUUGUUGCAGUGUGAUUCUCAUAAGGUAGUUGAUGUAGCAAUGAUAAAAUCAUAGUUAUUAUAAAUUACAGUUAGUAACUGUAAUUGCAAAUUUGCAAUAUAUUAAGAUUUUUGAGGUUUUUGCCACUGAUUGAAAUCAUGAUUACUAUAUUAAUUGUUGAG